AUGUCCUCCCCAUAUUCAAGGGACGCAUCUCGCUCCUAUUUGAUACCUCUUAUCCUUGGCUUCCUCUCCAUCCUCAUAACUAUCUCCAUUCUCACACUCACACGGCUCCUAACCAUUCUCGUCCGUCCCAGAGCCACUUCUCUUGGUCCUACACGUCCAACAACUUCCAGCAGACAUCCUACCCAUCUACUCAUUGUCCUGGGAAGUGGGGGCCAUACCGCCGAAAUGCUCAACAUGCUUCGCUGUGUACCACUCUUAUCUCUAAAGUUCACCUAUCGAACCUAUGUGGUGUCAUCCGGUGACGGAUUCUCUGCUCUUAAGGCAAGGGAGUUCGAGAUGGAGAUCGCUGGACAUCAAGCAGAUCCCGCGAAGACCCAGGAGGCAGGAGAGAUACUGCACACCAUUCGCGGAAGCUACGAUAUCGUGGCUGUUCGUCGAGCGCGUCGGGUCCACCAAAGCCUAUUCUCAACGCCUUGGACGGCAUCUUUGUGUGUGUGGGAUUGCAUCAGAGUGAUCAUGGACAGAAAUCCUCGUCGAACCGGACUUCCGCCACACCAAUCAUGUAAUAUCCAAAACCCUGGAUAUCCUGAUCUAAUCCUCACCAACGGUCCUGGGACAGGCGUCUGUGUGGUCUUGGCAUCCCUUAUUGUACUCUUCUUCGGCUUCAGUGGCCCUGCAUCGUCCACAUCCGGUGAGAAGUUCGAGGAAAAGCCAGACAGGCUAUCACGAUGGCAGCAGUCAGGCCAGAUGAGGACCAUUUUCAUCGAAUCGUGGGCACGGGUCAAGACUUUGAGCUUGAGCGGGAAAAUCUUGUUACCCUUCGUGGAUCGUUUUCUUGUCCAAUGGCCGGCUUUAGAGGGCAAAGGGGGUGGCAAAGCAGAAUUUGUGGGAGCUUUAGUUGCAUGA